AUGCAGGGAUCAUUGGCCUUCAUCUCACUUAUGGUUGGACCGCUUCUGAGCUUCUGAGCGUGAAGAGCCUUUACGCUAUGAUCUACCGGCCUCCGGCUACCCAACAUCCGUUUCUCAACAUGUGGGCGUUUGUCGUCGAUGGGCAUCUUACGGGGAUCGCUUGGUAAUGCUCCUCUCAAAAAAGGUGUUCGUCUACGGCAUGUGCCCUUCAGGCUCCAGCAACGUAAAUCAAGAUGAUGAGGAGCAGCCCAUAAUAGGGGUUUAUUGAGUCCGUCCGAUAGGAGUCGCAGCACCGACACACAUUUCCGCGCCGGGCGGUCUGGUUCACCUUCGCUCGCAGCGCAAAACAAUGCUAGAAGGACAUAUCGUCAAAUCUCGUAUCACAUCUGCCCUAGUAUAGCGCAGUGCCGAGCUCGCUCAGAUCGAACCAUCUCCUCAACUUGAACUCGAAGCAAUCUCCCAAAUCUCCACCCCAUUGAUAUGGACUGUACUCAUGUAAUCGAAUUUGUUGCUACUGGCGCUGUCGCGGCAUUCCUCCUCAAAAAGGCCCUUGAGAACUCGAAGCGCGUCUCCGUCCUCCCGCCCGGUCCUCCCGCGACGUGGCCGUGGGCCAGCCCCAUCCCUCACGAGUUCGCUCACCAAGCCCUCGCCGAAUGGACGACCCAGUAUGGACCCGUGUUCUCGAUCCAACAAGGACGGAACGUCACCAUCGUUGUUGGGCGCAUUCAGGCUGCCAUCGACAUACUCGAGAAGCACGGCGGUAUCACGCUCAGCCGGCCUGACAAUGUCCCUGCUGGUGUCAAGCUCUCGGACGGAAAGCGUAUGCUCCUCACGCCUUCCGGUGAGCUGCACAGGCGCAUGCGGAAAGCCGUCCACGAGCCCUUGCAGCCUGGCAUGGUCAAGUCGUACUCCCUGCUCCAGUUCAAAUCUGCCAAACAGUACAUCAGCAACAUUCUUAACAAGCCAGAGCUCCACCAACAUCAUGCUGAACUUUACGCGGCAACGAUUAUUCUUAAGAUCACGUACGGAAAGUCCGCCCCCUCCUCGUUUGAAGACCCCGAUGUCAGGCGCAUCCACACGGCCCUCGACCGCCUCAACGAGGCGCUCAAGCCCGGCACCUACGUGGCGGAUCAGAUACCUUUUCUCUGGAAGGUCCCCGGAUACGCAAAAGAGCUCACAGAAUGGCACGCUGAGGAGCUUACGCUCUUUAGGGAGCAAGUUGAUAAGACGCGUGUUUCUUUGAAGGACGGAUCGGACGAUCCCUCAUUUGUCAGGUAUCUGCUGGAGAAUCCCGACGUACACGGCCUCGAUGAGGACUCGAUGGCAUAUCUCGCUGGGACGCUUUACGGGGCAGGAGCAGACACGACCUUCAUCGCCAUGUCGACAACUAUCCUCGCUGCUGCAUGCCACCCCGAGGCACAAGCAAAGGUCAUGGAGGAAAUAGAUCAGGUCAUCGGCAACAGACUGCCAACUCCAGAGGACAUGCACACGCUUCCUCAACUCGACGCGUUCAUCCAAGAAGCGCUGCGGUGGAGACCUGUCAUUACUCUGGGAAUCCAACACAAAUCCACGGCUGACAUGGUUUGGAAUGGGUAUCAUAUCCCGGCCGGUGCCACGAUCAUCGGGAACCACUGGGCGCUCUCCCGCGACCCCGACGCCUUCCCCGACCCAGACAAAUUUGACCCCCAGCGCUGGAUUAAUGAUAAAGGUAGCCUCAAAUCGCCGAGCGAGAUCAGGUUCUUCACCUUUGGCUUUGGCAGACGUGUAUGCCCUGGGCAGCACGUCGCUCUAAAGUCGCUCUUCGUGACCAUGUCAAUGCUCUUCUGGGCGUUCCGCGUCUCACAGGAUCCGUCGAAGCCCAUUAAUCCGGAAGCAUACGAGGAUAAGCUGAUCUCGCACCCGCUGCCAUUCCAUGCCAAGUUUGAGCCUCGGAGGAGCGUCAAAGAGAUUGAGCAGGCGUUGGCUGAUUAA